UAUUUCCAAGCCUUUUUUAAUAGUUAUACAGCAUCCUGGUUUCCUGUCUUUAGGGUGGUUGUUUAUUUGCCCGUCAUUCUCCACCAGGAAUUAAUGUUACAGAUUGCUAUUGGCCAAGACAGACUAUAAAUUUAGAUGUUCUUCUCUUAGGUUAACAUCACCUACAUGUUCCAGAGGAAGGUAUGAUGGAUUAUUAUUAAUACAAAUGUUAAGAACUUCAUGAAUUGUAAAGCUCUGAUGUGCUCUGCACUAUUUAUGCACCAGACCAGUCAAGAUCAUUGGAUUGUUUUACAUUAGUAUAAUGACAUGUUAAUGCGAUAGUCUGAACUUUACCUCCUCAGAUCUGGAAGGCACUGUGAGUGCAGCAGAUGGAUGAAGCAGAUCGCAUUGAUCUGCAGAUUCCAGAGGAGCCUUCACUUUGUUUCAGCUCCCUCAAUACCUCGUGUUUGAAGAUUGAUUAUCGUCUGGAAGUUCGGGUUUUGCUCUACAUCCUCUUUAGCACGUCUUCUCUUAUCACUGUGAUCGGAAACCUGCUUGUGAUUAUAACUGUGGUACAUUUCAGGCAGCUGCGCACAUCAACUAAUUACCUCAUUCUCUCUCUGGCUGUUGCUGACCUGCUUGUAGGAGGAAUAGUGAUGCCUCCUAGCAUGAUACGAUCGGUGGAAACUUGCUGGUAUUUAGGAAGCACCUUUUGUAAAAUACACAGCAGUUUGGACGUCACCGUGUGCACUGCGUCCAUUUUAAAUCUGUGUAUUAUUUCUUUAGAUAGAUAUUAUGCUGUAUGUCAUCCGCUUCUCUACUACAGUAAAAUGACUCCAACUACCAUUAGAUUCAUGAUUGUUGUGUGUUGGAGCAUUUCUGUCUCUGUCGGGUUUGGAAUGAUAUUUCUGGAGCUCAAUAUUCUUGGAAAUGAAGAGUUUUAUUACAGUAACUUUGUGUGUGAAGGUGCAUGUAUGGUGUUUCAAGCCAAAGUGGGAGCCGUGGUGUUUUCUAUGCUCUGCUUUUACAUCCCUGCUGUAAUCAUGCUUUGUGUGUACCUGAAAAUCUUCCACACAGCACAAAGACAAGCUCGUGCAAUUCGAUCCACAAAUGCACAGAUGAAGACGGUCGACGACAAAGCCACCAUAAGCAAGUCGGAAAGGAAGGCCACGAAAACGUUAGCUAUAAUUGUGGGAGUUUUUUUGACAUCCUGGGUGCCGUUUUUUAUCUGUAACUGCAUAGAUCCAUUUAUAGGAUAUUCGGUUCCUCCAAUUGUGUUUGAUGUAUUUCUUUGGGUUGGAUAUUUUAAUUCUACAUGUAAUCCGAUAGUGUAUGCAUUUUUCUACAGCUGGUUCAGACAAGCUUUUAGAGUCAUUCUAUCUGGGGGAAUAUUUCGACCCAAUUCCUCACACACCAGACUUUUUUAAGGGCUCUUUUCAAACUGUAUAUCGCCUGGUUCAAUUCUAGCAACAUUUAUUUCAGCUGUUCUGUUCCCACCUUCUAUUUUUACAGUCACUUGUGUGUGCACAUGUCUUUGGAGCUUAAUUUCUAUUAAUGUUAUUUACAGUGAUCAUCGCUCAUAUAUACAUAUAAAACACAUAAAAAUGUGUGUGUGUAUUCCAGCUUAGGGCUGAUGGAGUUUAGGGCUGUAGACCAUGUGACUGGAGGUGAACUUGUCCUUCUGGUACCCGAGUAAGAAAUUUCCAUGGAGACUUUGCUCCAUAAGCACUAACAUACUGUGUUUAUAAUUGACACUGGUUAUGACCUGCCACGCAAAUGAUUUAUUAAACAGAUGUGGACAUCGUUGUUGUUUUCUGCAGCUUUUUUCUUUUAGCACACACCUUUAAUAAUAGAGACUUAUAGAAGUGUUUUAUAAUAAGUAUUGAAAAAUGUAUUCUCACUAUAGUACAAAUAGAUCAAAGACCAAGAUUUGCAUUAAACUAAUCUUCUGUUACAGAGUCAUUAGUGUGGAACUACAGGUAUUGUCAGGUUUAGGGUGGGUUUUUUUCUUUUCUCCAUUUCCCGACAGACUAGGUUUAGGUCUUGCUCAAGUGCUUAAUAAAGCGUUGAACACAGCCAGGUGAAGUUUAUUCAACCAUAUAAAGGCUUCUAGGUUUCACUUUUAAAGAUUUAUUCUGGCUGAACUGGAGUUUCAUGACCUGACUGAUUGUAGGUCUGUCAAGAGAAAGAUUUAUGGCAGUAUCUAGUGCUCCUGGAUAUUCUACCCUGGGGCUAAUGACCCCAUAAAUGUCCUCAUUGUUCUCCCACAUUGUGUUGAUUAUGAUUAUAAUCACAUUGUCCAUGUUUUAACCUGAUUUGUUAGUUUAUUUAUGUUCUGCUGUUCUUUAUCUCAUUGGGCCAUAUCACCGUUUAUUUGUCCAAACCUAGGUUUCAGACUUUCACUCUGAUUCCCUUUUCCUAGAUCUUUGCCUGUUAGUUCUUUGGGAUUUGUAAAUAUUCUGA